GGCUCCGGCACCGGCGGAAGGCGGCGCUGCUGCCGUCGCUGCGCGAAGCCCGCCCGGCCCCGACACAAAGACGAGGACGGCCGCGGCUCCUGCCCGCCCGCAGCCCACCGCCCCCGCGGCACCACAUGGCGGCAGCGCUGCGGCCGCGCCUGGCGCCGCCCCCGCGGAGCUAGGCCAGGGCCGAACCGCGCCCCCUUCCCCCCUCCCCUCCCCGGCCCCGCUCGUUCGUCUCCCGCCCGGCCCCGUCCGUCCCCGCCGUCUGCGGGAGGAGCGGAGCAGGGCCCUGCACAGCCCCGCCAUGCUGUCCCCCGGCCGCCGCGCUGCCUGCCGCCCACCGCGCCGCCGCCGUCGUCGGCCGGCGGGGCUCCUGCCCGCUCUCCUGCUCCUGACGGCGCUGGGGGGCGGCGGCGCCGCGCUACCCCCGGGCUGUAAGUACGACGGUCGCCCCAAGAGCGCCGGCAAAGCGUCGGCGGCCACCGGCGGCCCGGUGGAGGUGAAGGUAGUUUGCAGCAACCUGGAGCUCGUUCAGGUCCUGCCUCCCGAGGCGCUGCCUAACCGGACGGUCACCCUGAUUCUGAGUAACAAUAAAAUAACAGAGUUGAAGAAUGGUUCCUUCUCUGGAUUGCACCUUCUUGAAAGAUUGGACCUUAAGAACAACCUUAUUAGUACUAUAGAUCCAGGAGCUUUUCUGGGGCUUUCAUCUCUGAAAAGACUAGACUUAACUAAUAACAGAAUAGGCUGCCUGAAUGCAGAUAUAUUUAGAGGACUUGUAAAUCUUAUUAGAUUGAAUCUUUCUGGAAAUCUGUUUUCUACACUUACACAGGGAACAUUUGAUCAUCUUGGUUCACUAAAGUCUCUAGAAUUUCAAACUGAUUAUCUUCUUUGUGAUUGCAACAUACUGUGGAUGCAUCAGUGGUUAAAAGAAAGAAAUAUAACUGUACGUGAAACUAAAUGUGCCUAUCCCAAGUCACUUCAGUCACAGACAGUGACUGGUGUUAAGCAGGAACUUCUAACAUGCGAACCACCACUUGAACUACCAUCUUUCUAUAUGACUCCAUCUCACCGUCAAGUUGUCUUUGAAGGAGAUAGUCUACCCUUCCAAUGCAUGGCUUCGUAUAUUGAUCAAGACAUGCAAGUCUUGUGGUAUCAGGAUGGAAAGAUAGUGGAAACUGAUGAGUCCCAGGGUAUUUUUGUUGAAAAAAACAUGAUUCAUAACUGCUCACUGAUUGCAAGUGCACUGACAAUCUCAAACAUUCAGGCUGGCUCCACAGGAAACUGGGGUUGCCAUGUGCAAACCAGACGUGGGAAUAACACAAGGACAGUAGAUAUUGUGGUGUUAGAAAGUUCUGCACAGUACUGCCCUCCAGAGAGGGUUGUGAACAAUAAAGGGGAUUUCAGGUGGCCUAGAACACUGGCAGGCAUCACAGCAUACCUGCUGUGUACACGUUACUCUGCUGGCAGUGGGAUAUAUCCUGGCAACUCACAAGAUGAGAGAAGAGCCUGGCGCAGAUGCGACAGAGGAGGGUACUGGGCAGAAGAGGACUACUCCAGGUGCCAAUAUGCAAAUGAUGUCACUCGAGUUCUUUAUAUGUUCAAUCAGAUGCCGCUCAACCUUACUAAUGCAGUGGCAACAGCAAGACAGCUCUUGGCUUACACCGUUGAAGCAGCAAAUUUUUCUGAUAAGAUGGAUGUUAUUUUUGUGGCUGAAAUGAUAGAGAAAUUUGGAAGAUUUGCUGAAAAAUAUAAAGAGCUUGGAGACGUGAUGGUGGACAUAGCAAGUAACAUUAUGUUAGCAGAUGAACGUGUUUUGUGGAUGGCACAAAGGGAAGCCAAGGCUUGCACUAGAAUUGUACAGUGUCUGCAGAAAAUUGCUAUGUAUCGGCUUGCUAAUGGAGCUCAAGUUUAUUCUACUUACUCUCCAAAUAUUGCUCUUGAGGCUUAUGUAAUAAAGGCUGCUGGUUUCACUGGGAUGACGUGCACCGUAUUUCAGAAAGUGGCUACAUCAGACCGUACAGGACUCAGUGAUUAUGGGAGAAGAGAUCCAGAUGGAAAUCUAGAUAAACAAUUAAGCUUUAAGUGCAAUGUUUCGAAUACACUGUCAAGUCUGGCUUUAAAGAACACAAUUGUAGAGGCUUCUAUCCAGUUGCCAGCUUCCCUUUUCACCCAAAAGCAAAAAAGAGAAAUCAGACCAGCAGAUGAAUCUGUCUACAAGCUUCAGCUUAUUGCAUUUCGCAAUGGAAAGCUUUUUCCAGCAACAGGAAAUUCAACAAAUCUGGCUGAUGACGGGAAACGUCGUACAGUUGUAACACCAGUUAUUCUUGCGAAGAUAGAUGGUUUAAACCUAGCCAGGCACCACGUUCCUAUAAAUGUGACACUGCGGCGCAUUGCACAUGGAGCAGAUGCUGUUGCAGCUCAGUGGGACUUUGAUCUCCUGAACGGACAAGGGGGAUGGAAAUCUGAUGACUGUCGUAUUCUUCUGUCUGAUGAAAAUAUUACUACCAUUCAGUGCUACACCCUCAGCAACUAUGCCGUUUUAAUGGACUUGACAGGAGCUGAAUUAUAUACACAGCCAGCUGAUCUUUUGCAUCCAGUAAUUUAUGCCACUGCCAUGGUUUUGCUAAUGUGCCUGUUGAUGAUCAUAGUCAGUUACAUAUACCAUCACAGUGUGAUCAGGAUCAGUGUAAAAAGCUGGCAUAUGCUAGUUAACCUGAGCUUUCAUAUUUUCCUGACAUGUGUGAUGUUUAUUGGAGGCAUAACUCAGACCAGGAAUGCCAGCAUUUGCCAAGCAGUUGGGAUAAUUCUCCAUUAUUCCACUCUUGCGACAGUACUGUGGCUGGGGGUGACAUCUCGUAAUAUUUACAAGCAAGUAACCAAAAAAGCAAAAAGAUGUCAAGAUCCUGAUGAGCCACCUCCUCCACCCAGACCAAUGCUGAGGUUCUACCUUAUUGGUGGAGGGAUCCCUAUCAUAGUUUGUGGAAUAACAGCAGCAGCAAACAUCCGAAAUUAUGGCAGCAGACCUAAUGCUCCUUAUUGCUGGAUGACUUGGGAACCUAGCUUAGGAGCAUUUUAUGGACCAGCUAGCUUUAUAAUUUUCAUAAACUGUAUGUAUUUUCUCAGCAUAUUCAUACAACUAAAACGUCACCCUGAACGUAAAUACGAACUUAAGGAACCUGUUGAGGAACAGCAGCGUCUGGCCACCAAUGAACACGGGGAACUGGCUCAUCAAGAUUCAUUGUCGGUGUCACUGGUUUCCACAUCUGCUUUGGAGAACGAGCACAGUUUUCAAGCACAGCUGCUGGGAGUGGGCCUUACUUUGCUUUUGUAUGUUGCUCUGUGGAUCUUUGGAGCUCUAUCAGUUUCCCUGUAUUAUCCCAUGGACCUGAUCUUCAGCUGUUUUUUUGGGGCAACAUGUUUAAGCCUCAGUGCCUUUCUUAUGGUGCACCAUUGCGUUAACAGGGAAGAUGUCAGGCAUGCUUGGAUAACAACUUGCUGCCCUGGAAGGAGUACAUAUUCAGUGCAAGUAAAUGUUCAGCCCUCCAGUUCCAGUGGAACCAAUGGAGAGACCCCUAAGUGCACCAACAGUAGCGCGGAAUCUUCAUGCACAAAUAAAAGUGCAUCAAGCCUAAAAAAUUCUUCUCAAGGUUGUAAACUAACUAAUUUACAAGCUGCAGCAGCUCAGUGCCACCCUACCUCUCUGCCAUUGAACACAGGUCCUCAGCUUGAUAACAGUCUCACUGAACAUUCAGUGGAUAAUGAUAUCAAAAUGCAUGUAGCUCCCUUAGAGGUACAGUUUCGGACAAACGGACACCCAAGUCGGCAUCAUAAGAACAGAAGCAAGGGACAUCGUGCUAGCAGGCUUGCAGUAUUGAGGGAAUAUGCAUAUGAUGUUCCCACAAGUGUGGAAGGAAGUGUGCAAAAUGGCUUACCUAAAAGUCGACAAAGCAACAGCGAAGGGCAUUCAAGGAGCCGAAGAGCCUAUUUGGCAUAUAGAGAACGUCAGUAUAACCAAUCCCAACAAGACAGCAGUGAUGCUUGCAGUACGCUUCCAAAAAGUAGCAGAAAUACUGAAAAAACAGUAGCUACCAACAACAAAAAAGAUAUUCUAAGGAAACCAAUAGCAGUUGAACUUGAAAACCAGCAAAAAUCUUACGGCUUAAAUUUAGCCAUUCAGAAUGGACCGCUUAAAAGCAGCGGACAGGAUGGACCCUUGCUCACUGCAGACAGUACUGGUAAUAUUAGAACUGGGUUAUGGAAACACGAAACUACUGUGUAGCAUUAUAAUUCAUUGCUGGAUGAAUCCACGUGAACUGUGAUUACACAUUCCUUAAAGCUAUUAACAAUUUUAAAGACUGUUUACAAACUCUAGGUACUUUAUGCAGGGAGGGAACAAAGAUAAUCUGCCAAGCAAAAGAUUGUACGCCUUAUUAUCUUUGCUAUUCUUACAAAGAUGAACUCUUGCUAUUUUGUGAAAAUUUUUUUGAAGCAUCAGUCUUGAGAAAUGCAGACCAUAACUCUGUACAUUUUUAUUUUUUAACAGUAACCCUGCAGAUGUGUCCACAACACAUUUCAAAUUUGUAUUUAAAUGUAUAAUAAAUAGUAUUUUCCCCAGCAGCCCAAUGUUGCACUUAUUUGUUGGGUUUUUUAAAGAUUACUGCACUGAAUGUCAUCUUGAUUUUACUACUUUGGUAUCUGAAGCUUGUGAGUUUCAGUUACUAAAGAAAAUAUUUGGUGUCCAAAAUAGACAAUGCAAAUAGCUCAAUUAAUUGCAUAAGGCCUAUAAUUUCUUUGAAAUAAAGCAGCUACAUUGUAAUGAGAUUUUUAGUAUACAGGCAACUUGUUUACUCCAAGAUCAUUGUCUUGUACUUGCUGCAUAAGUUAUAUUUUUAGAUGUCUGUGGCUUAUUUUAAUGCACUUGCACAGAGUUUUAGUUUACUUGGUAAUGUUUUUUGAUAAUACUCUAUUUUGCCCUCAGCAUUACCUGACUGGGAUGGUGUUUUAAUUUUUUUUAAUCAUUUGUAAUUGAGAAGGUUAUGAAUGUUCACAGACAGUGCGUGCCAAUUUGCAAAGUUCAUCAGUACAUACCAGUGAAAACUCAUUCAGUUGUAACAGCGUGAAAUAAUAAUAGCGCAGGUGUUUUGAUAGGUGGUAAUGGGAUAAUCUGUUAAGAGUAUGAUCAGUAUGCAAAAUUGGGGUCUUCAGGUUCAAUGUCACUGUACAAGCUGACUCCUGAGAGAGCAUUUGGAGUUGUAAGUUCACUUUUACUUACCCGUAUGUGACAAUUUGCAGAAUAAUCUUCUCCAAUACUAUACAGCAUUUGUGUUUUUAAAAAAAAAAGUUUCAGUAGCAGAACUAUAUUAAUAAGGUUAUCAAUUUUAAAAAGCAUGUAAAUUCUUGCAGUAGAUAUAGCUAAAACAUGCAAUCUUUUACAGUAAUGUAAACCUUGAAAAAUAAAAGUUAUAGAUAAAGUAAACUAAUUUAAAUUUAACUGCAAUAUAAUUACAAAAAUUAGUGUCAAGAUCAAAAUGUAUGUAUGUAAAAUGAAAUAUUAUGGAAUAGAUUAUUUGUCAUUUAUGAGUAUAGCUUUUAUGCUUAAACUGCUGACACCUCAAUGUAAACAAGGUCAUAUUUUGGGCUGUGUCACGGCUGCUGCUGUGACAAAUUUGAGGUUGUAGUUGCAGAGUAAUGCUUGGGGUUUUACCAGUUUCCAGUACUGAUACCUGUUUUGCUAAAACCACGUGUAUUAAAUAGCAAAAAAUGCUUCUGUAUAAUCUAGUACUGAUAUCACAACUUAAAUUUAAGCAACAAAUGGAAUUAGAUUGUACAUACUUGGCUACUUGGUUACCUAAUUCAGACUUGUCACUCGGGUAUUUUAGUUAAGUGUAUCGGUUGAAUACAGGUACAAGUCUAACAUUCUCAGUACUCAGAUGUGUUAAAUAAUUUAUAAUGUGAGGACUCAUUCAGGUAUGUUUAAUUAUUGCUUGCAAUGUUUACUGCACCUUCUAUGAAUCAGUUUGAUAGUCUGAAAUAAUCUUGGAUGCAUUGUACAAGCCUCUCCAGUUGGACAGUGUUGUUAGAAUUUGGGUUCUAUUUUUGCUGCUUGUUGUGAGUAGUUGGUAUUUAAGAACUCUUAAAGCAACA